AUGUUUUUAAUAUUCCGCUGGAUAUUUUUCAUCUUGUUUUAUGUUUUUGAUGAGUGUUCAUCGCAAUUAAUUAGACCAUCGAAUUUGGAUGAGACGGUUUUGAUUCCAAGGGUUGUCAAUGGCAAGCCAGCAUCGCUAGGAGAAGUUCCCUACCAGAUAGGAUUCAAAACUCCGAUACCCCGAUUUCGAAGACUCUAUAGUACAUUCUGUGGAGGCACGAUCAUAGCUCCAACUAAACUUCUCUCUGCAGCGCAUUGCUUCGAACAGAGGAAAAGUAGUUGCACCAUUUAUCAGGGUUCAAUUAUACUGCACUCAAAGCAGUUGCUUAAAAAAUACGCGGUAGCUGGUACUUUGUGGAACGAAGCCAAAAUCCAAAAAACUGAUGAUAUGAAUGGCGGUGGACAGUGGAGGGAAUUGAAGAAUGUCAUCUUUCCAUCUGGAUAUAAAUUCCCGAAACAUGACAUAGCCGUGGUGAUGAUAUUCAUACCGUUUCAUUUCAAUGACCAUGUAGCUGCGAUUCCGUACACGACUAUUAACAGAGAUUACAGAGGGAAGUGCCUGGUGUCAGGCUAUGGAAGAACAUCGACUACAAAGCAAAUAAGAUCUGAGAAGCUACUUGUUGCACAUUUAGAAUUGAUCCCGUCAUAUUUGUGUAGCCGUCUGCAUAGGAAAAAUAUGAGACAGUUUAUAUGCACUUCAAGUAAAUUAACAGACGUGGGAAAGGGUGACUCUGGAGGACCAUUGGUUUGCUCAAAUACAGGCGACCCGAAGGAAUCAAAGAAAGGUAUUUUGGUUGGAAUUGUGAGCGGCAACAGAUACAGGGUUGGAUCCUUCUUCACUAGAGUGUCAUCAUACCACAAGUAUAUCGAGCAAAGUAACGCAGAUACCAUUACUUUAUGUACUUACUGA